AUGUUAGAGAAAGAAUGGGUAGGAGCUCAGGAGGAAGAUAAGGCCAGUUCAUCAAGUCGGCUCCUGAAGUUAGCAGCCCUGGCAACUGCUGCCAUAGUUAUCGCUUCCUGGGUGCCGGAGCUUUCAAUCCUGGCCGCCGGAAUAAUUGUCUCAGCUUGGGCAGCUUCAAAGUGUUUUGGAUCUGCCGGCGCCACGUCCACCUCCGAUGAUGUUAGUGAUUUGACGGCACCUGAAAGGCCCGGCGUAAUCAUGAACCGGGCCGAUCUCAACUUCAACAAUACUAGUAGUGAGAAGAAUGCAGAGUCUUUCAGUUUAGAAUCAGGCCGGGCUGACCGAGCAGUGAUAUUAAAAGAGAUUCGCCCCGUCAGAUGGGUUUCGCCGCGGACGGGAUGGGUGAAGCUCAAUUCCGACGGAUCUUUUGUCCCCGGCCGAGGAGGUACCGCGGGAGGUCUCGUUCGUGACGAGCGCGGGCUUUGGCUAGGUGGUUUUGUUAUGAAUAUCGGCGCGUGUGCCGUCAGCUCCACCGAGGCCGAGUUGCGGGGUUUGUUUGAAGGAUUAAACAUGACGUGGAACUUGGGGUUUCGAAACGUGAUUGCUGAAGUGGAUCUCGAAAGCGUCAUAAAUUUGGUAACGAAUAAUCAUCAAAGGAAACCUGGAGGAGGAGCACUUGAGGAAAUGAUAGAGGCUAUUCGAGAGUUGAGUAAGAGACCCUGGAAAUUGGAGUUACUGCCAAUUUCUAGGAAGGCUAAUUCCGCAGCGGAUUAUUUGGCGUCGCUAGCAACGGACUACCAACAAGGAAGGGUGGUGAAGUUGUAUAAGUUUCCACCGGGAGUUUUACCCUUCCUUUUACGAGAUAUUGCUGGGCUUCCAUAA